AGAGUGACCGCAAGGGGCGUGGCUUCCCUGCGGGUGAGGGCGGGCCGCGGGGGGAGCUGCUUCCGGGUGAGCCGCCCCGCCCCCACGUGGGCCCCGGGAGACUAGAGCCCGGGACUGCAGUGUCUGGAGCAGCGGUUCGGAGUCUUCAAGGAGGCGAGCUGAGCACACAGCAGACACCCCGAAAACCAGCUGUCUGUCUUCUGGCCCACACCAUGCAGCCCCAGUCUGUUCUGCACAGUGGCUACUUCCAUCCGCUGCUUCGAACCUGGCAGACAGCCGCCACCACUCUCAGUGCCUCCAACUUCAUUUACCCCAUCUUUGUCACGGAUGUUCCUGAUGACAUACAGCCUAUUGCCAGCCUCCCAGGAGUGGCCAGGUACGGCGUGAACCGGCUGGAAGAGAUGCUGAGGCCCCUGGUGGAAGAGGGUCUGCGCUGUGUCCUGAUCUUUGGUGUCCCCAGCAAAGUUCCCAAGGAUGAGCGGGGCUCUGCAGCCGACUCUGAGAAGUCCCCAGCUAUUGAAGCAAUCCAUCUGUUGAGAAAGACCUUCCCCAACCUCUUGGUGGCCUGUGACAUCUGCCUGUGCCCCUACACCUCCCAUGGUCACUGCGGACUCCUGAGUGAGAAUGGAGCAUUCAGGGCAGAGGAAAGCCGCCAGCGACUGGCAGAGGUGGCACUGGCCUAUGCCAAGGCAGGAUGUCAGGUAGUAGCCCCGUCGGACAUGAUGGACGGACGAGUGGAAGCCAUCAAGGAGGCCCUGAUGGCACAUGGACUUGGCAACAGGGUAUCAGUGAUGAGCUACAGUGCCAAAUUUGCUUCCUGUUUCUAUGGACCUUUCCGGGAUGCUGCUCAGUCAAGCCCAGCUUUUGGAGACCGCCGCUGCUACCAGCUGCCCCCUGGAGCCCGGGGCCUCGCCCUCCGAGCAGUGGACCGGGAUGUCCGGGAAGGAGCUGACAUGCUCAUGGUGAAGCCAGGAAUGCCCUACCUGGACAUUGUGCGGGAGGUGAAGGACAAGCACCCCGAGCUCCCCCUCGCUGUGUACCACGUGUCUGGAGAAUUCGCCAUGCUGUGGCACGGAGCCCAGGCUGGGGCAUUUGAUCUCAAGGCUGCCGUAUUGGAGGCCAUGACUGCCUUCCGCAGAGCAGGUGCUGACGUCAUCAUCACCUACUACACGCCUCAGCUCCUGCAGUGGCUGAAGGAGUAACGGAGUGUACAAGACCCAAGAACUAGAACUUGAGAAGGCUCCCCGGGCCUUGGAGAAGUGAAAACCAAAGUAAAGGCUGCUUUUAGAACUGUGCCCGGUGCCCUCUUCCUGCUCCCAUGCCCGGCCAGGACCCAGCGCCCUGGCUGGCUUUUGCCAGCUUGCUAAAUCUUACUGCUCCUGGUCACGUCCUCAUGGGCUCUCCAAGCUUCCCGCCCCUGCCUGAGCUCAGCCCUGAGGCUCAUCUGUCCACCCCCAGCUCUCCUCAGGUGUGGCUUCAGUUUGACAGCAACCAAGAGUCCCCAGGACAGGCUUGGUGGGGCCCAGGGUUGGGGCCUGGGAGAGGGGCUUGGAGCAUGGGGAUCUUGGAUCCUCAGAAGCUCUGGAAAGCCUGGGGCCUCCAGCAGUAGAGCUGGGUGCUGGGCCUGAGGCCUAGCUCGACAGCCCUGGGUGCAGAGCUGACCGUGCUAUGGUUCCACCUGACAGCGUUUCCCACACAAGUCAGUGGUUGCCAGGCUACCUGGGAGCUCCUGUGCUACUCAGCCUAGACCUGGAGAAGAAGGACUGGUGAAUGAGGACCAAAAUCCAGAAGCAAAGGGGGACUUCCUUACUGCUGGGGACACCACCACCACCAAAGGCUUUUUAUGCACAAGAUAGUUCUUGAGAACCUCUGCUCUGUGCCCAGGCACAGCACUGGGUGCCAGGAAUACAGCAGGACAGGCCACAGCUUGCCUCCUGGAAAUGAAACAAAGAGAAUGGGGAGACUGAUAAGAAAACAGACAGAGCAGUUACAAACUGUGAUAAGUACUUUGAAAAAGGAAGGGUCUCAGAAAAUAAAGGGAAGGACCCUCUCAGAGAAUGGUUGGGAGACCCUCUUCAAGGUUAAGACUGAGAGGGACAAGAAAAGACCCUUACAAAGAUGGAGGCCACAGAACAAAAAAGAAGAUGGUGUGUACCAUGACCCUGUGGUGGGAGGAGUUUGGCAGGGCUUUGGGAGCAGGUGAGGAAGAGGAUCGUGGGUAGAAAGGCCAAAUCCCACAUCUGGUAGUGAGCUUAGAUUUUAUUUCUUGUCUAAUGUGUGGCCACUGAAAGAUGUUACCCCCCUGUGCUGGAGGUUAAAUCAGGGCCUUAUGCAUGCUAGCCAAGCACCUCUGCCAUUGAACCACACCCCAAGUCGAAGGGGGGGGCAACUUUUGCCAAUGCUUUAAAUCCCUGGGGAGACUAAGGGGACAAAAGGAAACGGGAUGCCUUCAUGGGGUUCUAGCUUUGGCAACUUCACAAAUGCUUGCAGUUGUGCUAAGACUGACACGACAGAUCUCCUCCCAAUGAAAGUUAAGGCCCAGAUGAGGAGAAGCCAGUGUGCAAGUCUGCUUGCCCAUCUGCAAAGGGACAGGGCAUCCCCACUCUAGGGCCACAACAAGGUCAGUUCAGACCCUAAGACAACACAACCAUUUCCUUCCCCACACUGGUAGUGGUUAUUGAACCCAUAGGCACUUCACCGCUAAGCUAUAACCCUAGCCCUUUUUAAAUUUUUUUUAUAUUGAGACAGGGUCUCUAAGUUGCUGAGACUGUCCUCCAAUUUGGGAUCCUCCUGCCUCAGCCUCCUCAGUCCUGGGAAUACAGGCACCACCACACCUGACAGUACAGCCCAUUUUUAAAUGUAGAAUAAGUUAAUUCAUUUAGAAUUAUAAACUCCUGGCAGCUCCUACAGACAAUCCAGUCCCUUCCACCUCCUGGUGUCCUUCAUUAGAGCUGUGGCAACUCACCUUAAGACCUCAUCUCACCCGUUCUCAGCUUUCUGGAAGGUGACCAGCCAAAAUCAGAGCUUGAAGAGUCCCAAAGCUCCUUCCUGAGCCUGAGCCUGCACCUACAACCUAGGACUCACAUCGCUAGUCGGGAGAUAAGUUGCUGCUGAGCCCAAGAUAGACCAGACCAGAAACUAUCCGUCUUAGCUUCUGGGUCUCUGCCUUCUGACCCCUGCACUUAUUUCUGGUUAAAGUGAUUGAUGUGGAAGGGAAGGUUUGUCUAGUUAUCUCAGACCCAUCCUUGCUGAGCAAGUAUAGAGCCUGGUUGGUUCUAGGCACAGAGAUGGGAGACAGAUGGUGCCCUUUAAUACAAACCGUUCAAAGAAGGCAGACAAAUGUGUGGCCGGACCACUUGGGGAACAUGUGGUGAACACUGCACCACAUGAGGAUCAACGUCCCUGAGAACCAGGAAGCAGAUGCACCAAAGACUCAGAUGAUGUGAAAGAGGCUACAGGACCUGACCUGCUUUGGAGGAUCAAAAAUGUUUCCCUGAAGGAUUGACAUUUGGACGGGAGAUGAAGCUAUGAUUGGGCAAGAGCAUUCCAGGCAAAAGGAAAGGUUGUGCAAAGUCCCUGGGGCUAGAAGGAACUAGAGGAGCCCAAGGCUGGUGUGACUGGAGCACCAGGAAGAACAGAGGAAGAAUGACCUGCCCUUGCUAGAAGUAAUUUUAUCCCUGGACAGAGGACUCCGCUUUCACAGACUGGCACGACACAUGAUCCGACCUCCCAGCAUCACCACUGGGUUGAUGAGCAUUAAGGGCCUUUCUUAGUAAGACUUGAUUUUCUUGUUUCCCUCUCAAAUGUGCCAACUCAGACUGUAGCUUGUCCCUUCUACAGACUUUUUUAUCAGCUACUUCACUACCUAAGAGCAAAGAUCACCAACUGCCCAAAAGGAGAGGGGGAAUCCUGACCUGCUCCCUGCACCCUGCUCCCUGUUCCCAGCCCCAAUUCCAAACAUUAGAGUCUAUGACUUGCAGCAGACCAUGCCCUAGAUUGUCCUGGGAGCUCUUGGCUGCAAGUGACUGAAACCCAGUUCAGGAACGAAAAAGGAGCUGGCUGAUUUGCAUAACUGGAUCAUGAGAAGUUCAGAUGUGGGUGGAUCCAGGGUCAAAGCUUUCAUGGAGGACUCUGUCCCCUUCUAGUUCUCAUCCGGUUUUGCCACCACUCGGCAUUAUUCUCAGGUUGGCUUUUGCCACUUGGCAGCAACAUGAUCCCCACUAACUCUAGGUUUAAGUGGUCAUUAAGAUUUAUAAUCCCAGAGAAAGAUCCUUUCUGGUCUAUUAGCCACCUAGCAAAUCAGUUGCUGGCAAUCUCUGAUUGGACCUGCUUGGGUCAGAACCACCUGUUGGCUCAGUCACUGUGAACGAUGGAGUGGAAGGUGGUGCACCAGGGUUGGCUUGAUCUGCCUCAGGCUGCAGAGGCUGGCCAGGUCUCAGCUUUUGCACCAAUGGUUCCUUUGCCUGGAACAUAUCCCCCUAAAGUCUGUAUGGCUAUCUCCUUUUAUGUUGUUAAGACUAGCUCCUUAAAGAUGACCCCGUCAUUGUCUGCAUUUCAGGAUCAGUGGGUAUGAAAAAAGCCAAAAUAAGCAACCCCAAGCUCAUAUGUCAGCUGCAAGGUGUGUGUGGGGGGUGGGGGUAUCUCAGCUUCUACUUCUUUCAUCCUCAACACACCUUGACUUCCAUCUUGUGGCCACAGAUGGCAACCUCUGUUUCCUUCCAUCAGGUCCUCUUAGACAACAGGAAGAGAAGGGCAGUAACAGCAUGACCCUUCUUUAUACAGGCAAGAUCUAGAAGUUACAUCCUUUUUGUCCACACACCAUUGUUGGGGGUGGGGGCAUGUGCUCAGCUAAAACUGUAGGGUUCCAGAGGAAGGAAGAUAGAAAGAAUGGAUGUUGGAGGCAAUGGCCGUCUCUACCACAUGAAGUUUCUUGGAAUUACAGAAGCUGUGAUCAGAAUAUCAGGCAGGCCCUUGGAGAUCACUCAGUUUAACACUUACAGAUGGGGAGACAGACCCAGAGAAGAGACUUGUCCAAAAAUCACACUUCCAAUGGCAGACCAAGCCUCCUAACUCCAAGCCCAGAGUACAAAACUGGGGAAGGAUUUGUGAAGAGGCAAAGGGUGAGAGAUUGGUUUUAAAGGAAAUUUAUAUGUAUGAUAUCUGUAAUAUAUAUGACAAGGAAACAUUUGUGUAUAGUUGUGCAAAUAAGAAUAAAGGAAAACUUGACUAAUACACAUAUGAAAAGGUAUUAACUU